CACCCCCUCCAUGGUCCCGGCCCAGCCCACCUUAUCUCAGGCUGUCAGCCGGCACAGGCUGAAAUACUAGCAGAUCCCAGGAGGACCUUGGGUCGGACCUGUCACCCCCAACGCCCAGGCCUGGGUGUUCCCCCUUGCCCACGCCUCCCGCCCGUCCGUCGCUACCACCCUUAGAGUCUCAGACUGAGCUCCGCGUCCCGGAGAGGAUUAAAACCCAGGGAAGCAGGGUCUCCUGCUGGUGGUCAUCACAGUGGUGGGAGCUACAGCCUUGGACACUCCUCACUUCAGUCCCCAGCAUCAGCAUGGACUCCAGGGUCCCAGCUACUCGGAGCUGGUUCAGCGGCCACCCACCCACCACUGAGCCUGACUUGGAGCCUGCCACCGAAGGGUCUACCACAGAGACCACCACCCUCAGCCCAGAAACCACAAGCUUCAAUGGCACCAGAAUCCCUGACAUGGCAGGUGGUGCGGUUGGUGUGGGUACCAUGCUUCUGUCUUUCGGCAUCAUCACAGUGAUUGGCUUGGCUGUGGCCAUGGUUUUAUACAUCAGGAAGAAGAAGAGGCUGGAGAAGCUGCGCCAUCAGCUCAUGCCUAUGUACAACUUUGACCCCACGGAGGAGCAAGAUGAACUGGAGCAGGAGCUGCUGGAACAUGGGCGAGAUGCGGCCUCCAUCCAGGCUGCCGCCUCCCUGCAGGCCACACAGGGCAAGAGCACUCUCCCUUCCCAAGGCCCACUGCAGAGGCCUAGCAGGCUGGUGUUUACUGAUGUAGCCAAUGCCAUCCACGCGUGAGUGGCCUGAGAACAGGCCUGGACCUCUGACAAGACACCUGCCACAGUGCCAGCCGUGCUGCCCACUUCCUGACUGUCAAGACCUACUCUCAGGACCUGAGCCAUCGCCACCACAAGACAGGAAAGGGCUGCAACAGACCCCAGCUCUGCCGAGGUCCCACCCACCGACUCUCAGGCUUGAAGAGAGAGCUCUGACUAGGCUAGCCAUCUGGCCACUGACUUCUCCUGAACCGCUGGCCCUGGCACAGAAGGCAGCCCUCAUUCAGGAAGGCAAAGAGCCACUGCUGGCUUCCUGGCCAAAAACCCUCACAGCAAGGUCUGCUUCUCUGAUGGGGAGGAGGGGCACAAGCUUGAGGAGCAAGGAAGAAAACAGGCAGGCUCCCCUCUAUCUAGGAUUGUCUUUUUUUUUUUUUUUUUCUUUUUUAGCCUGGAGCCUCCUCUAGGGCAGAGAGAUGUAAACCAACCCCCAGAUGACAGGGACAAAGCAGGGUAACAACUUUUGGAGACAUUU